GUUUUGCUACCAACUAUUCAGACUUGUUUUGAUUUUCACCUGUACCCAACUCUAUCACGUCUUACUGUGAUAACCUUGCAUCUGCUAUUUGAUAUCUCUUGAAUCUUGAAUUUUGUCAGUCCAAUAUUAAAUUAUAGUCUUUCAAAAAUGGUAUCUUUUGGAACUCGUCAAAUGUUUGUCGCUGUGGUUGCUUUAGCUUUGCCUUUCCAGAUGGUUGCAGCUCAGUCCUCAUCUUCUUCAACAUCGCCUGCGGCUGGAUACACCUCACCAACUACAUCUGCAGCAACCACGGUUGCUUCAACAUCGCCUGCGGCUGGAUACACCUCACCAACUACAUCUGCAGCAACCACGGUUGCUUCAACAUCGCCUGCGGCUGGAUACACUUCUCCAACUACAUCUGCAGCAACCACGGUUGCUUCAACAUCGCCUGCGGCUGGAUACACUUCUCCAACUACAUCUGCAGCAACCACGGUUGCUUCAACAUCGCCUGCAGGUGGAUACACUUCUCCAGCUGCACCUGUAACAACUACAGUUGCUUCAACAUCUCCCGCAGGUGGAUACACUUCUCCAACCACUUCCCCAGCUGCCAUGUCGACUACUUCGCCAGGUGGUUACGUGUCACCUACACCAACUAGAUCAACCACAGCAACCAGUACAGGUGUAGUGAGUGCAGCUACAAGUUACAGUGGUGCACAUUCAUCAUCGUUGGUAAUUGCACUUACUAUCAUCACAACUCUUUUUGCGUUCUUUUAAACUUGAUAUCGUGUAAAUGUCCAGACGCGUUUUCAAACCACAAAUUUACAGUCGUAUUCACGUAAAGUGGGACACUUGUAUUUAUCCUGCAGUGACUUUUUUCGCUUCAGAAUAAACAAUGGUUAAAUAUACA